GCCAGCUCGGCCGCCCUGGGUCUGCCCAGCAGUGCCCUGGAUGUGUCCUGCUUUCCGCGGGAGCCGAUCCACGUGGGCACCCCGGAGCGACCGGCCGGCAGCGUACCUGUCACAGCCACGGUUCUGCCGCAGUUGAGCACGGGGCCGGCGGCCAGCGCCAGCGCCAGUACAGUGCGGCUCCUGGAGUGGACAGAGGCCGCGGCCCCGCCUUCGGGGAGUGGCCUGAGGUUCCGGAUAAGCGAGUACGCGCCGCCGAACAUGGUGGGAGCAGAGGAACCCCCAAGCCCAGAGCUGCGGCGAGAAGGCGUGGCCGAGUACGAAGAUGGCGAGGCCCCGGCGGGGGGUGGCGGCGCGGACCCCCAACAGCCGGCGGACCUCUCCCAGGACCCUCCGGAAGGUCCGCCUCAAGACCCACCAGAGGAUGAUGGCACCUGCCCGUGCCAGGCUUGUGGGCCUCAGCAAGGCGCUGGUCCAGAUCCUAGUUCCUCCAAUGAUGGCUGCCCUCAGCGCUUCCAGGAGCGGUCAGUCAUAGUGGAGAACUCCUCAGGCCAGAACAACUGCACCAGCGCUUCUGAGCUCCUCAAACCCGUGAAGAAGAGGAAGCACAGGGAAUAUCAGAGCCCAUCCGAGGAGGAAUCUGAGCCAGAGGCCAUGGAGAAGCAAGAAGAAGGAAAGGAUCCAGAGGGACAACCUACCACUAACACCCCAGAAAGUGAGGAAUGGAACAGCAGCCAGCCUGCCUCAGAGGAGAAGAAACCAGGCUGGUCGUGGGAAUCCUACCUUGAGGAGCAGAAGGCCAUCGCUGCCCCCAUCAGCCUCUUCCAGGACUACCAGACAGUCACUCAUAAGAAUGGCUUCAGACCGGGCAUGAAGUUGGAAGGCAUCGACCCUCAGCACCCGAGCAUGUACUUCAUCCUCACUGUGACCGAGGUGUGUGGCUACCGCCUACGUCUGCACUUUGAUGGGUAUUCUGAGUGCCAUGACUUUUGGAUCAAUGCCAAUUCCCCUGACAUUCAUCCGGCUGGCUGGUUUGAGAAGACGGGGCACAAGCUGCAGCCCCCCAAAGGUUACAAGGAGGAGGAGUUCAGCUGGAGCCAGUACCUGCGCAGCACAAGAGCCCAGGCUGCCCCCAAGCACCUGUUUGUGAGCCAGAGCCACAGUCCCCCAGCCCUGGGCUUCCAGGUGGGCAUGAAGCUGGAGGCUGUGGACCGCAUGAACCCGUCCCUCAUCUGCGUGGCCAGUGUGACCGACGUGGUGGACGGCCGCUUCCUGGUGCACUUCGACGCCUGGGAUGACACUUACGACUACUGGUGUGAUUCCAGCAGCCCCUACAUCCACCCGGUGGGCUGGUGCCAGAAGCAAGGAAAGCCCCUCACCCCUCCACAAGACUACCCAGACCCUGACAGCUUCUGUUGGGAGAAAUAUCUGGAAGAAACCAGGGCCUCCGCUGUGCCUGCCUGGGCCUUCAAGGUGCGACCCCCACACAGCUUCCUGGUCAACAUGAAGCUGGAAGCCGUGGACCGCAGGAACCCAGCCCUCAUUCGUGUGGCCAGCGUGGAGGAUGUGGAGGAUCAUCGGAUAAAGCUCCACUUUGAUGGCUGGAGUCACGCCUAUGACUUCUGGAUUGAUGCUGACCACCCUGACAUCCACCCAGCGGGCUGGUGCUCCAAGACGGGACAUCCCCUGCAGCCUCCUCUCCAACCCAGAGAGCCCAGUGCUGCCUCCCCCACGGGCUGCCCCCCUCUCAGCUAUCGGAGCCUACCACACACCAGGACCUCCAAGUACAGCUUUCACCACCGGAAGUGCCCCACUCCUGGUUGUGAUGGCUCUGGCCACGUCACCGGCAAGUUCACAGCUCACCACUGCCUCUCGGGUUGCCCCCUGGCCGAGAGAAACCAGAGCCGGCUGAAGGCAGAGCUGUCGGACACAGAGGCCUCGGCCCGUAAGAGGAACCUCUCGGGCUUCUCCCUAAGGAAGAAGCCUCGCCAUCACGGCCGGUGCGGAGGGCAAGGGUGCGGGGCCUCAAGUCCUCCAAGGCCAGACCAGGCGCUGAGUCCCUGCCAUGGGCCCGGCUCCUCUCUCUCCAGGAUCGGGCGCCCUCCAAAGUACCGGAAGAUCCCACAGGAAGAUUUUCCGACGCUGGCCACCGACGUCACGCACCAGUCCCUCUUCAUGUCGGCCCUGUCAGCCCACCCCGACCGGUCGCUGUCCGUGUGCUGGGAGCAGCACUGCAAGCUCCUGCCCGGCGUGGCAGGCAUCUCAGCCUCAACAGUCGCCAAGUGGACCAUCGAUGAGGUCUUCGGCUUCGUUCAGACCCUGACAGGUUGUGAGGACCAAGCGCGGCUCUUCAAGGAUGAGGCGGACAUUGUGAAGAUCAUGAGCGUCAAGCUGGGCCCAGCCUUGAAGAUCUACAACGCCAUUCUCAUGUUCAAAACCGCCGACGACACCUUAAAGUGACUGGCGCAGGGCUGGGCCUCCCCCUGCAGCUGAUGCUUCCUUCCCAACUUGAGUUCCUACCAUCCCACCUGUGGCCCCCCCACCCACCCUCUGGCCCUUAACCGGGGUGGUCCUUCUCUCUGGGGCCACUUCCUGCAAGGUACAGGGGAGCAGAAGAGCCCUGGGGAGGAUGGAGUCCUGGAGCUCAUCCACCACCAGGCACACCAGUGAGGGUGUGAGCCGGCCGCUGGAGCGUUACUGGUGGCGAAGGUUGAAGGUGCCCCACCCAUGACGGCCCCACCUCUCCAGCGACCUGUUUCUUCACCGAAGGGUCUUUCUCUCAGCAGUUAAAAAAGAGUCUGGUAGAAUGGGAGUCCUUCAGCCUGAGGCCCUUCUCUCUUCGGCGACUCUCUAUGCUUCCCCCUCCCCACCCCGCCGUCUCCUUUCCUCCCUCCAGGAAGCCACCCUGCCGCAAACACAUUGAUUUAAAGCAGCACCUUUAUUUCUG